UUGGCCACGAGUUCUUUCUGCCCUGUCUUUUCACUUCUCAUCCUCAGCGACCUCCACUUCAACUAUUCUCUGUAAAUCCGAUUUCAUAAUUAUGGCAGGCCCACCGCCUAUUCCCUCCAAGACAAGGCCUUCCUUUACCAACCCCUUCUACCGCAAUUCAAACGCUAGUUCCAGCUCCACGGCCUCUUCACCGCCUCCAUCAUAUGACACUCACUCAUCCCAUCCCACUCAACCUCCUCGACCGUCUACUACCCAACAGUUCGAGCCAGUACAAUACACUUCACUCUCUUCUUUGACAAAGAACAAACCGAAGCAUACGCAUGCAAAUCAACCGGCUAGUUACGAAUACCAGCCUGACCCAUCGAGGCAGGGGUAUUCAACUCAAGGCUUUGAGUCACAAGGCCGGGCUGUGAAUGAGAAUGUUAAUGCAGGUAGAAGGCUGCCACCGAUGCCUGGUCAAGGCCAAGCAAGAACGGGGACUCCUACAGAACCUUCUCAGCGUGCAGUUCAUUCUGCUUCAGCACCGCCUCCUCCACCACCUAGAACAGGAUCUGGAUUGCAGAGUUACAUUCCUAGUGGAGCGCAAUCUGGAUUCGACUCGGCCGCCAAGGGCGUUAGAGGCGCAACAGAUACGGUAAAAGAUGGAUUCUACUCAGUGGCAAACCAGCAGAGGAAAGAACAGGUGAUGUCCGGCAUAGGAAAAUUAGGAGUUGGUGCUGUCAAACUCGCCGGCAAGGGCGUGUAUCAAGUGGGCAAAUUCGCUACAAAAUAAAUAUUUAAGGUGUCGUUCGGGUUUGGAUUCCGGCGCAUGUUGUACAAAGUCUGAACUUUGAUAGUGUAUUCCGCUCACGAAUGGAUACCGAUUGAGAGAACUUAACAACUGUUUGGGCACUGGCUGCAGCUCACCCAUGAACAUAAAUUUCC